AUUUUAAUUUUCUUCAAGAAAUUUGUGCUCAGGAAAAUAAUUCAUAAAUGUGAUUCGAAGAUGAUAUGAAUAAUAUUUUAGUGUUACAUCAACAAAAAAUGGAAUAAUGAACAGUAAUACAUCUAUAUGAAGAUAAUCACGAUCAAAAUAUCGGCAUCAUCAGGCAUUAAUAAAAGGGAUGUUAUUUUAAUGCCAUUCAUAAAUAUUAAUAGUAUCAAGUGACUAACAACAAAAUGUCGUUAGUGUACGGUGUGUUCAUUUAAAAAGAAAGGAAAAAAUAUUUGAUUACGUGUGUUCUCAGAAAACAAAAACUGAAAAUAUGCCUGAUUAAUUGCAAAUAUUUUCAUUUCUUCAAUGCAAAUUAAUUCAGGGAGAACCAAAUCAAUUACACAUGGUUGAACACUACCAAGCAAAUUUAUUUAGUGAAGAUCAAACAUUAUUUUCUAACUGAAUUGUUCAACAUGGAUAGGAUACAAGAAAUCGUUAAGACAGAUGAAGGUACAAAUUCAGAACCAGAAAUUCUAAAGCUAUGUGAUAUUGAUGAAGAUGAAUGGAACUAUUCUACGAAUAUGGAUAAAAACCAAACUUCUUCGAAUGAGAAUUUGCGUAUUUCAGACACCAGUACAUUAGAAAUUAAUACAAAUACAUUGGAUAAUAUUGAUUAUAAAAAUAAGCCAUCAAAGAAGCAGCGUCGUUUUGGCAUUUUUUACAUAAAAAACAGAGAUGAAAAAGACUGUGUCAGUGAUGGAAAUGAAGCUGUAGACAUUGAACAAAUUUCAGAAUUAAACGAUGUUGUCCGAAAAAAAAGUUGGUUGUUGUUUCGAUCAAUGGGUAAUAUUCCAAAUCCUGAAGUAUUCAAAUGCAAGCGUUUUCAUUUUCGCCGAAAUGCUAUUUGUGACCCAUUUAAUUUACUGAUGCCUCAAAAACACAGAGAAGUGACCGAAAAGGCAGCACAGAAAAGAAAAGGUUCAGUUUUCAGAAGAAUAAAAAUUUUCUUCCAAGUACAAUUAAAUAUUGACGGUGAAGAAGAUUUAUGAGAAUCUAUGGUUGUUUUCAUUACAAAGAAUUAUAUCACAGCUAAAAUGGUGGCUGAGAUUGCAUUUUGAAACAUGGCAUAUCAAACUUUUGAACUUGUAUAUAGAUGUGCUACAGCUAAUGAGAUCCUUCGGAAUUAUGGCGUUCAUGCAGACUACUUUUUAAGUAUAAAAUUACAAAAGGUGAGAUUACUUAGUGUGAACUUCCCGGUUAGAUA